CUCCAGAGACCCCAAAGCCGGCCUCUGAGAGAGGGCAAGAGACGCUUCGAUGUGGUCCGAUGACUUUGAACCGUUUUCAAAGUGGUCCUUUUUACACCAGGAUAAGACCGUUCGUUUUCAUUUGCAAAGCGAUGGCCACUUUUCCUUUGCAAAACAUCCAGGCCAGUGAUGGUCGCGAACUGAAGCACCGUUGGUGCAGUGCAAUUUUCCUCUACGACAUAAUCGUUUGUCUACUUAUUGGAACUUUCUUCAGCUACACUUCAUAUUGCCUUGUUCAGGAGGUAAAGGGCCAGGAUGAUAAAUUUUAUUUGGUUGUGUGGCUUUACUUCACGGCUUUGGCCGCCGGGUCGAGAAAUUUCUGUCAGUUCGUCUUGUGUCACUACUACGCUCACAAAUACCCACAACUUUUGACGGCCCUCGAGGAUUAUUACCAAGGAAUUGGGACUGAAAUUCUAGAAUCGAGAAGAUACGUCUUUAGGCUGCAGUUAAUACCAAUCUUAAGGACAGUAUUUUUCCUCAUAAUUUUGACUGCUGCAUCUUACUCGUUCUUCAUACAGUUCCACGGUUCCACCUGGGUAGCCUGCGCGAGCUACGUGUUGAUCAACCUUUGGAAAGAGUUGCCGAUGAGCAUGUUCAUUUGUAUUUGCGCCCACCUUCGUCCGAGGUUCGAUCAGCUCGUGCUAGGUUUGGCCAAAAUCCGCGAAAGCGACGACUCGCCGGAAAGCGUGAAGCGGUUGGAAAACCUGCGCCUGCAAUACGCGGCCAUGAUGAACAUUUUGGGCAUCUUGCAAAAGUGCUACGGCAUGCAGUUGGCGUUCAACAUCCUCUUCUUCAUUUUGGACACGAUCCUGCAGCUCUUCAUAUUCUUCGUCUUCACCAGCUCGCAGAAUAUUUUACUCCUCACCUUGUCGGUUUACUUCUUCAUCGCUGCGUGCGGAGUGAUUUUCUACAUCGACCGACUCGAGAGAAAGAUGGAAGGUCUUCUAGACGCACUGAACGCUUUUGAACUCGAGGGAAAGUCUUUGAGUCUCAAGUAUCAGUUGAAAUUGUUCAUUACACAAAUAGCUGCUCGUCCAAUCAAAAUAUCCGCGUCUGGAUUUUGCUUAAUCAACAACACAUUGAUCGCAGGGCUUUUUGGGGCGAUCGCGACGUAUUUGAUUGUGAUGCUGAACUUUGCUCCCUACAUCGUUGAAUGGGCCAAUGACACAAUGAUAACCAGAAGGCAGCCACAAUGGCAGACUUCGUUCUAAUCUGAUUAAUUAAUAAUUUAUCUUUUAGCAAGCAAGGAGUACACGAAAAGUUCAAAAACCAAUAAACAAAUGAAAACAUCAGUAGGGUUUCCUUGACGUGUCCGAGAAACGGUCUUCAAAAUUUUUCUAGAAAUCCACCCCUGUAAGUGGGAUGAAUAUAAUGAUUUUAUUCAUAAUUUAAAAUAAAGAACUUAUCAAAGUUCCUUGUUAUGCGAAAAUUUAUGAA